CCUAAUUUCCUAUUCAUCUGGAAGCUGGUCGGUUCUCUCCCACAAAAGGCUGUUUCUGAUGGUAUCCGACCAAUCGAUGUUGAGUAUCUUGCGUAUACAGAUAUUUAUAAAUACUUAUACCUUCGUGAUGGUGGUUGUUGUAGUUCUCGGUUUCAGCUCCAUUGAAGAUUCUCACUUUGAUGUAUGUUGACAGUCGUUUUGAGUUCCAUACGUUCCUCAACUUUAUCAAUGCACCGUUUGUGUUGCCAUUCCUCGUUUUCACUUCUCCAUCAGAUCUUCCAUGUUCAUCAAUCAUGCUAUCCAGGUAUGUGAAGCGUUCUACAUCAUCCAGAGUUUCAUCAUCAAGUGUAAUUAAGUUUGUGUUCUUCGUGUUGUAUUUAAGAAUGUUGCUUUUUGUUUUGUGUAUAUUGUGGCUUACUGAUUCAGAGGAUGCUGCUACACUAAUUAUCUUCAUCUGUAUUUCUUCGUGUGUAUAGGAUAGACAAGUCAGAUCAUCUACGGAGUCCAAAACUUCUAAUGGAUUCUAAGCUG